GCGGUCGCCACGUAUCAAAACAAAAAUGACAGCGGGUCAAGCUUGUCAACUCGUUUUUCUUGUUCUUUUCCUAUCCUUUCAAAAGGCAUUGAGCCUAGAAAUUGAUCUAGGAGGAAUCUGGAGUAUUCAUAAUGGGAAUGGAAGUAUAUCUGUUUCAGGAACUGUCCCGGGAUCGGUUCAUAUGGCUUUAUACAAAAGCGGAACCAUAGGUGACCCUUACUUCCGGUUGAACGAUGUCAAUUACAGGUGGAUCGCAUAUGAUAACUGGACUUUCUCCAGGACGUUUGAUGUAUCUGAGAAGGUUCUUUUAAAAGACAAAGCUGUACUCGUUUGUAAUGGAUUAGACACUGUGGCCAAUGUAUCAGUCAAUGGAAAAAUUGUUGGACAAUCAAAGAGCAUGUUUUUGCAAUAUGUGUUUGAUGUGAAGCAUGCCAUCAAAGUAGGACAGAACACCAUUGAUGUGUCCUUUACAUCUGCCAUUACUUAUGCAAAAACAAAAAGCCUCCAAUAUGGCUCUGAUGUUCCACCUGAUUGCUCAGUUCCAGUACAGCGAGGAGAAUGUCACCGGAAUUUUAUAAGAAAAGAGCAAAGUUCUUUUAGUUGGGACUGGGGGCCAGCAUUUAUACCUCAGGGUAUAUGGAGAAACAUAUCCUUGCAAGCUUUCAACUCUGCUAAAAUAAGGAAUGUCAUGGCGUCAACUACAAAAGAAGAUAACACAGGUAGCCCAUGGACUUUAAACCUUACAGUAGUGAUGGACUUUGCCAAAGAAGGAACUAAAGGAAAAAUAUUUGUCAGCAUACCUGAGAUCCCUUUUAGUAAGUCAUUUGAGGUAGUAGCUGGCACCACAGGGACUCAGCACCUUCGACUCACCCCUGUUGAGUUCUCAGCCAAGGGAGUAAAGGCGUGGUGGCCUAGGGGGUCUGGUGAACCCACGCUAUACACCAUUAAGGUUACCUUCCAAAGUAAUGACCAUAACGAACAAUGUCAGCACAGUGUGAGGACUGGCUUCAGGACAGUAAAACUUGUUCAGCAGCCUAUUAAAGGUGCCCCAGGUUUAGGGUUUCAUUUCGAGAUCAACAACGUGCCUCUUUUCCUGAAGGGAGCUAACUGGGUUCCAGCAGAUUCUUUUGAAGACCGAGUGAACAGAUCUGUACUUCACAACCUUCUUCAAUCAUCAGCAGAUGCCAACAUGAAUGUGCUCAGGAAUUGGGGAGGCGGAACCUACCAACAUGACGAGUUCUACGCCAUUGCUGAUGAACUAGGGCUACUAAUCUGGGAGGAGUUUAUGUUUGCCUGCUCCAUGUACCCCACUGACCAGGAAUUCCUGGACCUUGUCAAGCAAGAGGUCAUAUAUCAGGUAGAGCGACUGAGUCAUCAUCCAUCCGUAUUUGUCUGGAGUGGAAAUAACGAAAACGAGCAAGCCAUUGCCGAGAACUGGUACAAAACAAACCCAAAGAAAUCGUUCUUCAUCGCAGAGUAUGUUAAGCUUUACGUGGAUACAAUUCAAUCGACUUUGAAGAUAAUGGAUACAAGUCGUCCCUAUAUCGUCUCUUCGCCAUCAAAUGGCUUGGAAACUAAACGGGAGGGAUGGGUUGCCAAGAAUCCAAAAAGUCCUUUCUGGGGAGAUGUUCAUUUCUACAACUACACUAUGGACUGCUUGAAUGUCAGCGGUUACCCCAAACCCAGAUUUGCAUCGGAAUAUGGCGUCCAGUCCUACGCGUCAUUUGAGACCCUUGCGCCAAUUUCUAUUGAGGAAGACUGGCACUACAACAGUUCAUUCAUGGAUCACAGACAGCACCAUGCCAACGGGAACGAAGAAAUGUUGAAUCAAAUCAAGAAGCAUUUCAAGAUACCUUCGUCAGAAAAGUCACUAAAAAGGUUCAAAGAUACACUUCACAUGACUCAGAUAAUGCAAGGAGUUUGUAUCAAGGCAGAGUCUGAGCAUUACAGAAGGAUGCGGAGCGAACUUGCUCAAGGACAGGGAAACACAAUGGGCGCAAUUUACUGGCAGUUGAACAGCAUUUGGCAAUCGCCAUCAUGGUCAUCCCUUGAGUAUGGGGGGAGAUGGAAGGUGCUUCAUUACUACGCAAAAGACUUCUUUGCUCCUGUCAUCAGCUCAGCUUACGAAGAGGACGGAAAACUGAAGGUUUACAUCAUCUCGGAUCGGGACAAGCCAAUUACAGACGGCCUCUUACUGGUAUCGAUGCGGGAAUGGAGCUCGCUUACUCCGCUGACUACGUGGAAAGUGAAGUUUUCCGUGAAGCCACAAUCUUCGGAACAUGUGUGGGAUAAAUUAAUCGACGAACUCGUGAAGCAGAGCUCCUGUCCUAGUCGUGCCCACUGUUUCAUUACCAUGACAACCACACAAACAAGCACGAAAAUCUCUAUUGCGCCGACCAACACUUUCUUCUUGUCGCCAUGGUCAGCGGCCGUUGGCAUGAAGGAUCCAUUACUCAAGAUUUCAGAUAUUCACCGGUCAUCGAAGACAGGUAUAGCAUUCACAGUUAGUGCCCAGGCUCCCGCGGCUUUCGUUUGGCUUGCAUCCGGUAUAAUGAGAGGUCGCUUCUCCGACAAUGGCUUUCACCAAACAGAGAAGGUGAAAAAGGUGUUAUUUCAUCCCUGGGAGAACCUGACUAUUGAUGAGUUUACACGGUCCCUUCAAGUGUCUUCUCUCUACGACAUUUACCACUGAACACGUGAGCUGGUAUCGUGCUGAACAUGAAAAUAAUUAUUUUUUUUUGCGAUAAAUAGCUUUACCUGACGACGUGUAAAAAGAGAAGACGACUCAGUAAAAUGAGAUAAGCUCGCUUAUGUCUCGAUCUGACGACGUUUGAAAAGCGAAGACGACUCAGUGAAUUGGUAUUAGCUUGUUUAAUGUCGUGGCCUGACGACGUGUGAAAAGAGGAGACGACUAAGUGAAUUCGGACGUAUUCGCCUUCGAAUAAAGGGAAUAAAUCAUUGGAACACUCGAGACUCGCUUGUUUUUUAGAAAGAUCACCAUUGUCAUCAUGGAAAAAGGGAUUAAGCAAACGAAAGAUCGAGAAAGGGAAUUUCGUCAAUUAAUAUUUUCGUAGGAAAAUGCUUUAAAUACAAUACAAAAAUAGUUUUAUAUAAAUAAGAUAUAAAUAAAUAAAGUGGACAGCCAGAUACUUUACACUA